AUGAACGCAUCGAUCUUUGAUCAUCUUGACUUUUUCUUUAUCUUUCAUUUUCACGAUUUCUUCCUCUUUUUCCUAUCUUUUUUCUCAAAUUUUCUUUCUUACUUCAAAUUUCUUUUUCUUUCUUUUCACAUUUUCUUUUCACAUUUUCUUUUCUUUCUUUCUUUUUCUUUCUUUCUUUCUUUCUUUCUUUCUUUCUUUCUUUCUUUCUUUCUUUCUUUCUUUCUUUCCAUACAUUCCCACACUUUACACUUUUCUCUUUUUUUCUUUCUCUCUCCUAUAAAUUCUUUUCACUUUCUUUCUUUAUUUCUUUCCAUGCAUAAACACUCUUUACUCUCUCUUCUUUUUUUAGCAUACGUUCAGUCAUUUUAUAUUCUUACUCUCCUUUUCUUUCAUUUUCCUAUUUCUCUCUAUGUCCAUUUCUCUCUCUGCUUCUCUCUCUCUUUCUCUAUUUCAGCUUCUCAAUCUCUUUCUCUCUCUUUCUCUUUGUAA